AUGAUUGUCACAGUGACCAAAUGUCCCGCCAUCGCCGACAUCAUCUUCGUAUUGGACACCUCAUCCAGUAUGAACCAAAAUGAGUUUGAGCUGGAGAAACAGUUCGCCAUCAGACUGACCGAGCACUUCACCAUCGGCCAGCGGGAUGUCCGGUUUGCGGCCAUCAGUUUCAGUGAUAGUGUACAGAAGAUCUUUGGGUUAAAGGAUUACGCUGACCACAGGUCAAUCAACAGGGCCCUCACAAGAGCUCCCUAUCUUGGAGGAAGCACCAAAACCAACCUGGCCCUCGAUUACAUACGAACCAAUGACAUGUUCGGCACAGCCGCAGGUGGCAGGGUCAAGGCCAGCAAAAUCGUCGUAGUCAUCACAGAUGGGUCAUCGGACAGUUUGAUCAGAACUACCAGCGCCGCUAACGCACUCAAGAGUGAGGGUUUGACCAUCCUGGCUGUUGCCAUUGGUAGUGGCAUAGGGAUAGAGCUGCACGCCAUCGCUAGUGGCUCCCGUAAUGUGUUCAGGGCUGAUAACUUCAACAGCCUUGUCCGCAUUGAGCAGAAAGUGGCCAGGAGAACGUGCGAGAUUCCAGAAUCUCAAGGAUAUGUUCCUUCGCAGGCAGGUUCUGGCAAUCCUGCUUGCCAGAAAGGCUUUGUCCAGAGCCCUUUCGAUCCUGAAGUUUGCGUAGACGACAACGAGUGUGAGGCUGAAAACAACCCCUGCCAGCAGGACUGCGUCAACUUGGUGGGCAGUUUCCGGUGUACUUGCAGAGACGGCUUUGCUGCUGAUGCUACAGAUACCACCAGGUGUAAAGAAAUCCAGACCUGCGCAGCUGUGGCGGACAUCAUUUUUGUUUUGGAUGCUUCAGGCAGCAUCGGCACUGACAAUUUUGAGAUCCAGCAGCAGUUUGUGGCCAAGCUGACACGUCACUUUGCUUUUGGACGGAAUGGGGUGCUGUUUGCUGCCUUGUUGUUCAGUACCGAUGUACAGAAACUGUUUGACUUCAACACUUACUCAUCCCGUCACAACGUAUCGCAGGCCUUGUUGACCGCCCCUUACCUGACCGGUGGAACCAACACACACAGAGCCUUGAAUUACAUUCGCCAACAAAGGAUGUUUUCCUCGGACUUCGGUGGCCGCAGUACCGCCGCGGACAUUGUCAUUGUUCUGACCGAUGGCCAGUCGUCGUCAGAGUCGGAGACCACUACGACAGCAUCCUAUCUGAAACAAGACGGCGCCAUUCUGAUCUCUAUCGGGGUCGGCAAUCAGAUCUCUCCAGAUGAGCUUGGCCUCAUCGCUAGUACGAGCCAGGACGCCCUGAUCGUCGAUGACUUUGAUUGGUUGUACUACAUCGAGCAGCGGGUAUCUGAGCGCGCCUGUAGGAAUAAAAGUAAGUCUGUCUCCAGGUUGUCUGUAGAAUUUGGGUUACAUGUCUCAAUGAUCUCUUCCACCUGCCCUUUGGGAACGAGUCAACAGUGCGAAGGCGGAAAUGGAUCAGAACGGUUUGACGAGAAUGGCGGAGCGAAGAGUGACCGGAUGAUUUGUCUGAUACAGAACACAGGAUCGAGUCAAUAG